GGACAGAGUGUCCAGUCGCCUCCUCCGCUUGCAGCCUCCGCUCGGGUUGGCGACAACGUUUCUCGUCUUGGCGUUUUGCACAUGGUAACGUGCGGCCACAAUACCCUCAGACUGUUUUGGAAAUGGCGCAGGCAAUAUUUUGCACUACCAGCGUUUAAAACAGAACCCAAAAGAACCUCAUGUAUUAAAAUAGUCUCCUGGACUGCGGUGUUUGCGGCUCCUCGGUGUGUGCGUUUUCUUUUCUAUUCUGUCUUUUUUUUUUUGCUGGAGAUCCUAUUGACUGCUGGAGAUUGGGGAGCACAGUUGAAUCACCGCUCAAACAGGGAGGCAGCUCUGACACGGGAACUGUGGUGCUCGAUACUUUUAUAUUGCCCGAAUCAUCGAGUUGGAAACAUUGUAUCGCAGCCUGUGGGUGCUGGAUGGCCAGCGGCUGUUCACUCGCACACACGGUCUGCCCCGAGAGGGGGAUUUGACGGAGUCAAGGUAACUAACACUCCGUAUUUGACAGUUCAGGAAGUGGUUUGAAAUGGGCAAUACCGCCACUACAUGUAAAAGACUGCCGAUGUGUCAGCAUUGAAUUCUACAAGAAACAGCGGCAGAUACAUCGAGAAUGGCAUCAAGUAACUCGAGUUUAUCUGGUUCAUCAGUUUCGUCAGAUGCUGAAGAAUAUCAACCACCGAUAUGGAAAUCGUACUUGUAUCAAUUACAGCAGGAAGCCCCACGUCCGAAGAGAAUGACUUGUCCUCGAGAGGUUGAAAACAGACCAAAGUACUAUGGAAGAGAGUUCCACGGGAUGAUAUCUCGUGAGCAGGCCGAUGAACAGCUUGGUGGAGUCGAGGGAGCUUAUCUCAUCAGAGAGAGUCAACGUCAGCCAGGUAGCAACACAUUGGCUCUGAGAUUUGGAUAUCAGACUUUAAACUACAGGUUAUUCUAUGAUGGAAAGCACUUUGUAGGAGAGAAGCGAUUUGAGUCGAUCCACGAUCUAGUGACUGAUGGCUUGAUAACACUUUACAUAGAAACUAAAGCAUCUGAGUAUAUUUCAAAGAUGACCACAAAUCCCAUCUAUGAGCACAUUGGAUAUGCCACAUUGUUGAGAGAACAAACUUCAAAGAGACUGAUCAAAACAAAGCAUGACAGUAGGAAGGUGUCCUUGGUAAAUGAUGAAAACAGUUCAGUUGAUAAGAUCACCUCACUUGUCAGAAGAGCUGCCUUGAAACAAAAUGAGAACAACUUCAAUUAUGAAAAAGCUCACAAUUUUAAGGUCCAUACAUUCAGAGGUCCUCACUGGUGUGAAUACUGUGCCAACUUUAUGUGGGGCCUGAUCGCUCAGGGAGUGAGAUGUUCAGAUUGUGGCUUGAAUGUACAUAAGCAGUGUUCGAAAUUUGUACCCAAUGACUGUCAGCCUGACCUCAAAAGAAUCAAGAAGGUGUACAGUUGUGACCUGACAACGCUGGUAAAAGCACACAACACACAGCGACCUAUGGUUGUGGACAUGUGCAUUCAGGAGAUCGAAACUCGAGGUUUGACAUCUGAGGGGCUUUACAGGGUGUCUGGAUUUACUGAGCACAUAGAAGAUGUUAAAAUGUCAUUUGAUCGAGAUGGUGACAAAGCUGACAUCUCUGCCACUAUGUAUGCGGAUGUCAACAUUAUUGCUGGUGCCCUUAAGCUGUAUUUUAGAGAUUUGCCGAUUCCUGUCAUCACUUAUGAUUCUUAUCAUAAAUUCAUUGAAGCUUCUAAAAUUACUAACCCAGAUGACAGGCUGGAGGCGAUUCAUGAAUCUUUGAUGUUACUACCUCCUGCACAUUAUGAAACAUUGCGACAUUUGAUGACUCAUCUGAAAAAGAUCAUUUUACUUGAAAAGGAUAAUUUCAUGAAUGCGGAAAACCUUGGAAUUGUUUUUGGGCCAACGUUAAUGCGACCCCCUGAACAAAAUACUCUGGCUACUUUGAAUGAUAUACGAUACCAGAGACUGAUAGUCCAGCUCCUGAUUGAAAAUGAAGAUGUCUUGUUCUGAGAAAUGAAAGCAGUACGAAGUAAAACCAACACUUUAGUUACUAUUUGUGACUGAGUUGCAGAGGUACAGCUAUAGUCCUUAUAGGUUGGAUGUGUGGACAAAGAAGUCUGUGAUGCUGCAGAUAUAACAUUCCCCAUAGUCUGUUUUUGUUUUAGGAAGCACAUCUUUAAAUAAAAUAAUAGGGAUUGAUUUUCAAACAAAUCCUAUUACUCUAUAUGCUUUUGAACAUCAUUAGGACAGUUAUAUAAGGAAAAGCAAAGCAAAAUUAUUGAGCAACUUCCACAAGCUACAAAGUUGUUUUUCAUUGUUCCAUUUAAAAAAAAAAAUAUAUAUAUAUAUAUAUAUAUAUAUAUAUAUACAUAUAAAGGUAAAUACGCUCAAUCAGAAAAGCCAGUAAUCAAACUUCCACUCCAAAGUUAGUCUGGUGUGAAGAGAGUGUAUUUUUUAUUUGUAAUGAUAUAUUUACCAGUUUUGUAUUUUAAUUAUAUCACAGAAUUUUGAAUUGCACUAAGUGUCUACAAAUUGGUAUAUCAACUAAUUUAUACUGAUACAUUUAGCAAGAUUCAUUAAAUUAAAGAGAUUUGUGCUGCAUAUAACAAAAUAUCAGACUAAUAUACCACAAAUGAUCGAUUUU